GCUUAUAUACUUCGAAUUGGUACUCAGUUUUCAUCAUCAACUUGCGAAGCAUACGAUGGCCAUGAUGAAAUCUUGCAAUACUGUGGCCUUGGUAGGCUUGGUUCUUUUGUUCACGAUCCAUUUGGCAAAUGCUGCUGAAAAUCAAGGGUUAGGAGCUUCUUUCAUCUUUGGUGAUUCUCUAGUUGAUUCUGGAAACAACAACUAUUUACCAACGUUGUCCAAGGCAAAUAUUGUUCCAAAUGGGAUGGAUUUUAAAGCAUCUGGAGGAAAACCCACCGGGAGGUAUACCAAUGGCAGAACCAUUGGUGACAUAGUUGGUGAAGAAUUGGGGCAACCAAAUUAUGCACUCCCAUAUUUGGCACCAAAUACUACAGGGAAAGCAAUCUUGUAUGGGGUGAAUUAUGCAUCAGGAGGAGCAGGGAUUAUGAACUCAACAGGGAGAAUAUUUGUUAAUAGGGUGGGAAUGGAUAUCCAAGUUGAUUUUUUCAACCAGACAAGGAAGCAGAUUGGUAAGCUGCUGGGCCCAUCACCGGCAAAAGAGUACAUUAUGAAAAGAUCCAUAUUUUCAAUCACAAUUGGAUCCAAUGACUUCUUGAACAAUUAUCUGCUACCAGUCCUCUCCAUUGGAGAAAGAAUUUCUCAGAGCCCAGAUGCGUUUAUUGAUGAUCUGAUCAGUCACUUCAGGGCCCAACUCACUAGACUUUACCAAUUGGAUGCUCGAAAAUUUGUGAUUGGAAAUGUUGGUCCCCUAGGCUGCAUCCCUUACCAGAAGACUAUAAAUCAACUAAAUCCAGAUGAGUGUGUGGAGCUGCCCAAUAAGCUGGCUCGACAGUACAAUGGCCGGUUGAAGGACUUGCUUGCUGAGCUAACUGACAACCUCCCAGGAUCAACAUUUGUUUAUGCAAAUGUGUAUGAUCUGGUGACGGAGCUCAUCACAAAUUAUGACAAAUAUGGAUUUACAACAGCAAGUAGAGCUUGUUGUGGAAAUGGGGGCCAAUACGCAGGUAUAGUUCCAUGUGGUCCAACGUCUAGUUUGUGCAAGGAUCGCUCCAUGCAUGUUUUCUGGGAUCCCUACCAUCCCAGUGAGGCUGCCAAUCUUUUACUCGCCAAAAAAUUGGUUGAUGGAGAUACCAGAUUCAUUUCGCCAAUGAAUCUCAGACAACUUCGUGACCAUUAAAACUUGUUUGUAGGAUUAUAUCCUACUAUUUCCGCCUUUAUUUUGUAAACAGUAACAAAAAUGUAAGCCCUUUCGAAUGUUUUUAUGCUUGGAUUGGGAGAUUUGGAUCCACAGAGAUUUAUAUAUAUAUAUAUAGCUAUUUUCUACUGAGUAGAUUUUAUAAAUCUUAAAAGACAUGA